AUGUCGCCUGCGCCUGCGGAGCCUUUCCUGAGUCGUUAUGCGCUCGGAGACCCACUCGGACAGGGCGCGAUGGGGAGGGUGGUCUCUGCGACGAACCGUGCAACAGGCGAGGAAGUCGCCGUUAAAGUUGUCUGUAAACAUCGGAAUGCUGGUCGUCAUCAGCGGUCAGCUUUGCACCGCGAGGCAGUGCUGUGGCGCAAAGCCUGCGCGGCAAGCCCGCAGGCUGGUCGCUUCAUGAGUAUCGAGGAGGACGCUAGCAACUACUACAUCGUCUCAGAGAAAUGCCACGGAGGCAGCCUUCAGCAAAUGCUGGACGACCGAGGAGCGCUCUCUGAAGCGGAGCUGUCUCAAGUAGCUUGGUGCAUCCUGACCUUCCUCACCGACCUCCACAGCAACUCUAUUUACUACGGGGAUCUCAAACCGGGCAACGUCAUCCUGAAGGACGUGUACCCGUGUCACUCCGACCCCGGCUGCCUCAACCUCGUCACCCCCGGGUCCCCCCUCCGGUCCCUCUGCGGCUCACCACUGUUUCUGGCGCCGGAGAUUAUUCGGGGCUCGUACAGCCUGCCCGCUGACAUGUGGGCGUUUGGCGUCACCCUAUACAUGCUGAUUUGCAAUCGGAUGCCUUUCUGGUUGGAGCCCAUCGCCCAGCUCGAACAAACCCUUGAUGAGGAGUCCAUCAAUUCGACCAUCCUGUACAGCCCGGUGCUGUUCGCCGGCCAGCAGUGGCGCGGCGUGUCGGAGGAGCUCAAAGACCUCAUCUGCGGACUGCUGGAAAAAGACCCUUCGCGACGUCUCACCGCCGCCCAGGCCAUGCAGCAUGCCUGGUUUACCACGGCCAGGGAGUUGUGUCUCGUGUGA